AUGAAUGGCUUGGACGACGAAAUGGACCCACUCGUCAAACUAAAAUUCACGAGCUCCAAGCGGAAGAUACGCGAAAAGUCACCCGCGGACAGUGAGAAGCCAGUUUCUAAGAAGCCCGUGAUUUCGUCCUCAAACCUAUCUGCCGAGCAGAAGUUUGAUGCCCUCUUCGGCAGUACUGGUAGCUUCAAUUCUGCUCCUUCAAAAGUAGAACCGACUCCAAGAACAAGCCCACAGGACAAGAGAUUUAGCCCAAAGAAAGAGACAGUAAAGCCGUUAAGUCAGAGGCCGAAACAAAGUGCUCCAGUGAUAAAAGCAACGAAAAAACGCUCGAAGUUGGAUAAAAAUAGCCCAUUUGCCCUUGCCUUCGGCUGCGUCGACUCUGAUGAUGAUGAUAAUGACGACAGUACCUUCGUCGCAGACGAGAAAGAGGACGAAAUGAGCGCGCAGGAUCAGUGGGAUACGAUCAUGAACGAGACGGUGAAAAAUGCUUCUGAUCCACCAACUCCAAAAAUCAGCAGUUUACGAUCUUUGGCGAGAAAUUCCAAAUCUCCCGAAAAGAAAGAGUCAACAGAAAAAUCAAACGGACACAAAACUGAAGAGAAAAGCCUUCGUGUCUUCUCUUCAGCGACAAUAGAUCUUCCCGUGAAGCCAAAAGUGAUGAACAAAAAUACUGAAUCAACAAAAGUCAAGAAAGAGAAGCUCCAAACAAAGGCGGAAUUCGAAAUGGAAAUCUCACCUAUCAAGCCUGAUUCAAACGCUCCCGCUUCUGAAGCCUCCAAGCCAUCUCCCUUUCCUCCGCCGUCUUUGAAAGCUCCUACUGCCAGUAAAACUAACAGUAAGGAAGAUGCAGCAAAGCCAGAAGCGCCGGGAAGACCCUUCCGCGAAAAGCGAUUUUUCAAGAGCAAAACGAAGAUCGACUACCAAGAAGAUGCGAAUGACCCGUACAAAACCAACACUUCCGAAAGCAGGAAGGGCGAAAAAGUACAAGGCCCGGCGGAAAUACGAGUUCCGAUUGCAGACAAAAUGAGCGACGAGCAAAUUUCCAACGAGGGACUCCAAGACGAUGCGAAAUUCUACCUCGACGGGGUCAAACCUGGAACAAAUGAUAUCAGUUCCCGAGCGCUCACGGCUAUUAGCUUUGCGAAAAGAUUGAAUGAUGAAGAGUUUCGCGUCUUUCUCGCGAAGAAUAAGCUGCCAGCUCCGAGCAAGGCGCAUAAUCUUGGCCAAUUGAUUGUUUUGUAUCUUGGGGAUGCAACUGAUCCUGAAAAAACUACUGCCUCUUAUGCGCUAGCUGCUGCGAUUGCUCUUCAUAAAGUGUGUCUGUACAAAAAUAUUGGCUGUUCAAAAAUCAUUCUUGCACUUAUCGUAAAACUGCUCAAACUCAAGCUGCCAAGUUCCAAAGCACAAGACAAAGAUUUGCCAAGAAUCCAGCGCGAUGCCGAUUCCAUCAUCAAGGAUUCCGCUUCUGUUAACCCCGAUAUUCCCUGUAUCAAACCUAUCUCGAGCGGGUGGACCCACAAUACAGUAGCUGCCGAAACCGUCUAUCUCCUUUGUAUAAAUACGAAAAAGCCUGUGUUCAAUACAAUCUGUAUUAUCUCAAAAAUGCUCAACUUCCUUGUCGAGAAAGUGGUCGAAAUCAUUUCCGUCAAAAGCACAAGUGAAAUUAAUCGAACCGAGUUCAACAAAAUCUUUGACGCGUUUGAAGCGCAAACGAAGCCUUAUAAGAAAGCUCUUGAAGUGGUGGUGAAUGAAACGGAGUACUUGGAAGCUGUGGGGAAAUUUUUGAAGAUCACCGGUCCAGAAAAUAUGAAAACGAAUGGAUACGCCAACAGGAUAACGAGGCAUCUUAUCAACUUGUGCUGCGAGUCUGAUCAUGCUUGCUUCAAAAUGGCACAGCUGGAAUUUCUGCCUUAUAUUCUUGAUAUGAUCGUCAAAUUUCCAAAGAGCUCAUUGUUGACAAGCCAAGAUGAAAAGAAACAUUCCUUGAAGAUCGGAGUUGCUAUUCUACUGAAUUUAACAAUGAGAUCCCCCGCUUGCCGAAUGAAAAUGCAAAAGGAAGAAAACUUCCGAAUUAUUUUGGACGUUUUGAACGACGAAAUGACAGAGCUCAAGCGAAUUCACGACGGCGAUGUGAGCAUGGCAAUGUCCAAGACGACGCUGGACGCGGAAUUCGGUGAGGACAUCAAGGGAAUGUCGGAAGAGGAGCAGCAGCAACUGGGAAAGAUGGUGAACAAGGCUGAUGCGCAUGUCAAGGGUUGUAUGACCGUGGCCUACUGUGCUAUUAUGGUAGCCAAGCUUAUUCAAGCGAAUCAGUUUAUUCUCGACGAUGUGCGAGGCUAUCUGUCAGACGGCGCAAUCAAAUACUCCCUCCAGUGCUUCGACGAAGUCGACAAUAUACUCAAGCUAUCUGGAAAAGAAGACGACGUCUCAGCAGAAUACAUGAAGGAAGCACGAGAAAUCUUCGCCGCCAACAAUUUAACAAACUAA